AUGAGUGAAAUCUUUAAUGAUGACUGUUACAGCCUACUUACGGCAGAUGACAGUGAUGUAGAUCAGGAUUUGCUCUUUCAUUUGGCAUUCAAGAGCGUUCUCAAGAAGAAUUAUCUGUGUCCUUUUGACGAUUCUAUUAGGAGAUGCUUGGAUAUUGGAUGUUCUGGUGGGUCGUGGGCCAUGGAGAUGUCCACGGAGUUUCCUCAAUGUCAAUUUAUUGGAAUUGAUAUCGAAUCUCGAGCGCCCGAAAAUGUUUUCCCGAUAAACUGCUUGUUUGAGGAAAGCAAUUUCCUCAAAGAAAGAUUACCAUAUCCUGAUAAUAGCUUUGAUGUCGUGCAUAUCCGCAUGACGCUAUUCUUGUUGGAUGUUGAACAAAUUCGCUUCCUCUUGGGUGAAGCAUCGAGGGUAACAAGGCAACACGGGUAUGUGGAGAUUCUGGAACCAGACUUGUCUGCCGACUACAAUGCUCCGCUACUAAGUAAAUUAGUGGCGGAUAUUAAAGGGGUGGGACCUGAACAUCAUUAUGAAAAGAUGUUAAUAGAACAUGGACUUAAGCCCACCAUACAUGAGACCUCUAUUCCCUUGGGUAAAUGGGGUGGAAUGACCGGAGAAUUUGCUUUAUCAAUUUUAAAAAUGGUGUUGCAUAACAACGCACAUCUAAGCAAUGAGGAAAAUAUCAAUCACAUAAGCAACGAAUGUGAAAUGUAUAAACCUCAGAUUAAAAUGUUCUCCGGGUUUUGUCAGAAGGUGUAA